AUGCAAGCCUUUGUUCCAAAAAAUCGAAGGCCUAGAUUUGAACUUAAUCUUAGGAUCAAUGACCUCAACAACAUCCCUCUCACAAGCGGGACAGCUUUUGUAAAGUGGAGCUUGUCUUCGUCGAAUGCAGCCGAGAACCAUGGACAUACAGACAAGGCUGUCAUUCUUGAACACAGGGCAUACUGGAACUACGAGAGGAACCUGCAGGUCAGGCUCACUGUGGACAGGAAUCAGGGGCUGCAAGAGUGCUUCCUUAAUUUCGAAAUAAUACAAGAAUUUGCAUCCGGUGGUCGAGGCGACAAGAACCUCCUUGGUCGGAUCAAACUCAACCUUGCAGAAUAUGUGGAUAGAAGCGACGAGGACGAUGGAAUUACAAGGAGAUAUUUGAUGCACGAUAGCAAGAUAAACAGCACACUCAAAUUGGGGAUAGCUAUGCGUCAAAUUGAUGGCGAACGGAACUUCACCACCCCUCCUUUGAAAUCAGCCAUGGUUUUUAGCGGAAUCGCAGGCGUAGUUUCUGCCUCCGAACCCACCGAAAACGAUGACCUUGGCCGGUUACCCUCUAUUAUUACAAAAAGCAGGGAAGUCGCGGAUAUGCAGGACAUUUACCGCAGUACCUUAGCUGCAUCCUGGAACUCUCCUGUCGGGGAGUUGCCGGCUGAUAAACUGAUCGAAGAUUUAUUUGCUGGAGGUAGCGGUUGGGCAAAGGGGCCCCAAGAAGGCCGGCCCGGAAGGGCUGAGGCCGAUACUCAGGAGGAGACGCUAUCGCAUGAUGAAGUUGAAAGACGACAAAAUGCAUCAGGGUCUAAACUGUCGCCAAAGUUUAAUGACAGACGGCAGAAGAGUUCAUCAGAUCACCACUAUCGCAAUGGGGCGAAAAGUCCUGGUACUCCUCCGAGACCCGGUCACAGUCGAAGAGUGGGCAGCAUUGAGCAAGGGUUAUUCGAAAAUUCUAAAGGAAACAGUUGGAUAAGUCGCAAACCGAGCCAAGAAGUCUCCGAGUUUGACGUCCGCCAGGACUUGCGAAGCUGGGAAGUCUCUGGAAAAGAAAACCAGCCAUUCCUUCUCGGUGCUCGCCGCCACGAUGUGACCUCACGAUUAAACAGCUCUUCGAGUGAUGCGAAAAACCAAGAAUCCUUCCUGUACCGAUACAAAACCUCCCGGGGGCAAAUAAACUGGUCGCAAGAAUACCGUGCGGAUACGAAAAUCAAACUCGAUGUCGAUGCUCUGGGCAAGCCCGGCGAGAUUGUCGUCAUUUCGCCCCAACGGCGCCGUUCCCGUUCCGGGUCACAGAGAAAGAAAGUCGUGAAGAAAAAGCAAGACAGGCUUCCUUUGAUGCUCCGUGAACUAGGGAAGGAGGAACAGUCACAUAGCAACGUCUCGAUAGAGGAUGAAUUCGAAAAAUUCCGUUCGAAAUAUAAACAACAUGACACGCUGAGCCUUGCGGGCUGGAUCGAGGCCCGGAAAGCCCUUCAGUCCUCAUUUACAAUGAAGCAGUUAUCGCAGUACAUCGAUGGCUUCAAAGAAGUUGAACUACUUCCAGCAGAGGAAGGAUCGCUGGCUGAUGAUGCGAGGUCUAACCCGUGGAAGCCUAGCAAGACCUUGUUGGUCAACCCCGAUCCGAUGUCACAAGAACAUGAUACAUACAAGCUUUCGAAUCCGAGUGACCUGAAAGCGAAAGAAGUUCUGGCUGAGACGAUACUUCGAGCCUGCUGGAGACUCGGCUUUAUUGGACAGGUUGGGCAUAUUGACAUUCAAUUGUCGUCUCCUGCAGUGCACCUGCUCUCGAACCAGAAACAUUUCUCUUUCGAGGAACUCGCCAACAUGCAUGAAGCCAAUAUCGAGGUAUCCCAUACAAGUGGAGUCGUCAGGGUUACAGGCGCAAAGAACCCUUGCGAAUCGAUCCGCGACAUUGUUCUAGACAACAUAAAUCGUAUGCGAGAGCAAGACAUUGCAUUGCCUCGACAGGAGACCUUCAAAGAUGGCAGCUACAGAGUUUUCACAAAGGAAUUCUUGAAUUGGGUCGAUAAGACAUACGGAGUUUAUUGCAGAGGAAAUAACAUUUCCGGUGUGAGCAAAAUUCUUUACCUUGCUCCCAAUAAGCAAGAAGCAGACGAUGCUCGAAGAACCCUGAAUCUCGCAUUGUACAGCAAGGCAACCACAUCCGUCCCGUUCUGCACAUACAUCGCAUCCUCGAAGAAAGCAAACGUCUACACUGUCAGCUCGGAAUUAAACGUCCCGUUCUUUGACCGGAAUAAGCAGUGGUUUCGCUGGGCUCUGCCAUCAGCUCAGUCACAAUCGCACGAGGCUAGUGAUUUGAAACGGCCUUUAUUUGAUGCUCAGCCAGCGGGCUUAUCCAACAGACUUCUCCAAUUACUUAUAAGCACCUCACCAGCCACUGCUCGACAACUCGCGGCAACCGCCUUCCGGGAAACUAUCACAGCAACCGUUGGAAAGUGUCUUUUUUUGCGCAAACCAUCGUUCAACGAACAGUACAUUGACGCUUCCGAGCUUGGUCAAAUAUCUCCUCCUCGUAUAUUCCUGAAAGACGUCCCCCGUAUAUCGUCUUUUCUUCGGUUGUUGACACCUUUUCCUUUGGUUCACUACCUUCCAACCUACCGUAUUCGACUCACCCCUCCUGCAAUCAAAGCGAAGUUCUUACCCAAAAUUGAAGCGGAAGUUGCUAUCCGACAGGGAGACCCCCUGCUUGGCGACGAUGUCGAUUUGAUUAUUCGCAACGUGAAUGCGAUUGUUUCGGAAACCAGUGUUGAUCAUUUGCUCCCAGAGAAUACCUUGGAUGUCCGAUUUACGAGGCAUGUCUAUUACCAAGUAUACAAGGGCGCCGAUAGCGCAUCCCAAGACAGUGUCCUGUCACCAGAGAGCAUCAAUGCUCUGCUCGACAGUAUCAGAGAUUGCUUGCGGGGCGCGUUUCCCAAAAACCCAACAAGUAGCGAACGGACCCCGACUCCGAUUUCGUGUCAUCUCGCAAUUCCGAACAAGUUAGUGUUGCAAGAUAUGACCUCGAGGAUUAAAGCCCAAUUGCCGGAGGACGAGACCAAUCAAACGAUCCAGGGCGAAUACAUGUUCUCUCCCUUGAACGAUAUCUUGACCUCUCAGGUCCAUCAGUACGACUUCCAGGGCGAGCGUCUUAACUGCGGUUUUUACGAAAGCGGGCCUUUCCUCCCUAGCCGGUCUACAGACAUCUUCUUAGACAUGGAUGUGACAGAUAACAUCAUGGCUGCACUCUCGAGAAACCAGUCUCCGGCUGCCCAUCUCCAAGACGAAUUCAAGUCUUUCUACAACACGUCAUGUAAAUUAGCAUUUGAGCUGGGCAUCAUCAGGUGA